AUGUCAGGCGUCAACUCUCCCGAAGUCCUCGCCGCCUACGACUCUAUCCGUUCCGACAAGGAAGAACAAAACUGGCUUCUGUUGUCGUACGGCGCGACGGGCAACAAGCUGCAGCUGACAGCCACGGGCACCGGCGGCCUUUCGGAGCUCACGGCCCAGCUCGACGACACCCAGGUGCAGUACGCAUACGUCCGAGUGGAAUACGCAAACGAUGCCGAGAGCAAGAGGGUCAAGUUUGCCUUUGUAGUCUGGAUUGGCGAGAACGCCAAGGUCAUGAAGAAGGCGAGGGCGAGCAUCGAGGCCGGCGACGUCAAGAAGGUGCUGAGUCACUAUAGCGUCGAGGUGACGGCCAACGACAAGGGCGACUUGAACGAGGACGAGGUUGUCAAGAGGCUGCGGAAGGCUGGAGGGGCCGACUACAACGGUGGAAGGGGAUAA